GGACAGCCCCCGGACAGCCCCCGCUCCUCCCCUCCCGCGGCGGCCCCGCGCCGAGCCGGGCCAUGGAGCAGCACCUGCGGCGCCUGCGGCAGGAGCUGCUCUCCAUGAAGGAGGUGGGUGACGGGCUGCACGAGCAGAUGAACUGCAUGAUGGGCGCCCUGCAGGAGCUGAAGCUGCUGCAGGUGCAGACGGCCCUGGAGCACCUGGACCUGUCGGGGUGCCGCAGCCCCGCGGAGCAGCGCCGCUGCUGCCGGAGCAGCGCGGAGGCCGGGCAGGAGCCGCGCCCGGGGGGGACCCAGGGACGCUGCCCCCCGUCCCUGGCGUGUCCCGGGCCACAGCCAGCCUGUGUGUCCCAGCCUGCUGCGCUCCCAGAGAGCGACCAGCCUCGAGACAGCCCCUGCUCCUCGCGGAGCCUCUGCGGGGAGCGCGUGUGCCCCCCAAAAGGACCUUGCUGGGCGCCCGGCAGCGCAGGGCACGGCCAGCCCCGGACCCUGGAGCCCAGCCAGGGCACAGCUGGGGCUUGGCUGCUGUGCCAGGAGUGCCCGGGCUGUGACGAUGGCCACGACUGGACCUCGUCCCUGAUGUCGCAGAGCAGGAACCGGCAGCCGCUGGUGCUGGGGGACAACAUCUUCGCAGACUUGGUGGGGAACUGGCUGGACCUGCCCGAGCUGGACAAGAAGGGCGAGAAGGGCGAGGCGUCCCUGUCCACGAGCAGGUCCCAGGAGCUCUGCAGGAAGUUCUCCCUCACAGCCAACAUCUUCAAGAAGUUCCUGAGGAGCGUCCGGCCGGACCGCGACAGGCUGCUCAAGGAGAAGCCCUGCUGGCUCCCUCCCGAGGACAAACAGCCCGAGAUUUCCAAGAGGUCCAAAAAGAUCAACAAACUCAAGGGGACGUUUUACCUGCCCCUUCAUGGGAACCUGCAGAGCCAUCACAGCAAAGCAGAGAGGUGCCCGAGGGCAGAGGGCCGUGGCGAGCACCCCAAAAUGGGCACCAGGAAAGUGCCCGACUCAAGGGACUACAGCCAGGCAGGGUUUGACAUCAACACGGCUGUCUGGGUGUGAGCCUGCCCUGCCCAGCAUCUCCACACCCAGCACCAGCUGGAGGCCACUCACCUGCUCAGGGCACUCCGAGCUCUCCACAGGGAUCCUGCAGAACGUGCUGCAGGCUUCACUGGCCUGCACACGGAAUUUUCUGGAGAACUGCGACCGCCUGAGCAGCAGCUCCACGUGGGGAGACCUUGGGGACCAAUAUUGGUGAAAAUAAUGCAGAUCUUUAGCAGUUUUAGGGUGCCACAGGUGAGCAGCUCCUGGGGCCAGGCCCAUUCCAUCAUCUCCGGCUCUAUGUUGCAGCACAAAAUCCACGGUGUGCACGUGUGUGUAUGAGUGUGCAGAUAUAUAUAUAUAUAGUUUUGUUAAAAAAAUCUAUUCCUGCUUGUGUGCACUUGAAACUGAGUUACAAACCAGGCAUCCCAAGCCUAGUACCUGAAGCACUUGUUAUUUAAAUGGAAAGAAAUAAGUUUGAAUUUAUAAGACUUGAACAAUUGCUGAGAGGGGGCAGACCCCCAGCUUUGGGGGGUUUCCCUUAGCCUGUAUCCCUGGUGCCCUGCCAGCAUCUCUCCCUCCCCUGCCAGUCAAACCAGAGGGGCACAAGGCUCCUUACGGGGUGUUGUGACCCGGGGGUCUCGGUGGGUUUGCCCCCUCCCCUCCCCUUGUCCCUGUGAUCUCCCCAGGUACAGCACUGCUGAAGUUUAUUGUUGGAUUUUCACCCAGAUGCAAAGUUCAGUCCCCCACCUCCUGUUGUGUUCCCUGUUGCUGUUGUACAAACCCUGCUUUGACAGAACCAAGUUCUUCAGUGUCCGACUCUCCGAGAGUUUCCAAUAAAGUGGGAUUGUCUCCCUCUGCUCUGGGA